AUGACCUGGUCCAUAGACGAAUCUGGCACCAUGCACCACAAGGCUACAGGCAUGAAGGUGUCGCCAGAGUCGGGCAUCUCAUUUCCAGGCUCGGAGUACAAGCUCCGCCCGCAGGACAUAGACGUCGAAAGCGACUCUCGACUAGGAGCUGGCGCAGGCGGCGUGGUGCAGAAGGGUGUGAUCAGGACAACAGGCCAGCCUGUCGCGAUCAAGGUCAUCAAGGUGGACGACAAGCCCAAGCGGGACCAGCUCAUCAACGAGAUCAGGGGUUUGGUCCAGGCGCAGGGCUGCCCGUACCUCGUGCAGUGGUACGCGGGCUUCGCGAACAACACAAACCUUCAGGUGAACGUGGCUUUGGAGUUCAUGGACCUAGGGAGCCUUGCUGACCUGAAGAAGAGGAUGGCCAACGCGGGCAUGUCUGGUGCCCCCUCGAAUCAUGUGGCGGCGAUUAGCGCGCAGGUGACGCUGGGCCUCUCCCACCUCCACUCGAAACAUAUCCUGCACAGGGACAUCAAGCUGGAGAACAUUCUCCACAACCGUGAGGGCCGAGUCAAGCUCACCGACUUCGGUAUCGCGAAAGACCUGGACGCCACCCUCGCGGUCGCUGGCACGUUUGUGGGCACCGUGACCUACAUGUCCCCAGAGAGGUGCCUUGGGGAGGAUUACACGUUUAUCUCAGACAUUUGGAGCGUGGGCAUGGUGAUAUACGAGAUCUCCACGGGCAACUACCCCUUCAAAGACAUCUCCUCCUUCCCGGCGCUCUUCGAGCACCUAUGCGAGAAGCCCGAGCCGCGCUUGGACCCAGGUGUUUACCCGACCGCGCAGUGCGAGUACGUGGCCCUCUCUCUCGUGCGUGACGUGAGCCAGCGCUGGGACGCCGAGAGGCUGCUCAGCCACCCCUUCGUCAGCGGCUUCACGGCGGCCGACGAGCAGGCGCUCGCCCAGUUCUUCGCGACCCUCUGA